CAUCUUUCACCUUGAAAGAAACGUGUAAAAUAGUCUAAAGAAGACUUUAUGUUGCGUUGUUGCUCCUGAACCACCAAGUAGUAGUUUAAGAAUGCGGCAAUGAAAAAACAUCUCAGCUGUUUGUUCGACUAACCAGCACUUGUCACAUGGAGGGAAAAAUUUGUUCCCACCCCUCCAGGCUAGUAUCCAAAACUAAGCCCAUAAAACGCGGCCUGAGUUCCUGAGUUCCAUCAUUCAGUGAAUCUCAAGCCAAAGACUUCAUCCAAGCCAUAACAUUAAAGCGUUUACUACUGACGGACGUAAGAUGAAGACACUAUUCAUUCUUGCAGCUUUCACUCUAGUCACGGUGUGGACCGUUGAAGGAGGAAGAGUUCACGAUUCCAUCGUUCUUCGCGUGUUCAACAAAGAUUUGAGAAUGUCUUCUGCUAAGAUGCACGCGGUCCUCAAAAAGGCCAACCUUGAAUCCCGCGGGUUCGAGAAGGAGGUCAUCACUAAACUAGUCCGUCAUCCAAUCAGCAAAAAAGCUGAGUACACCAAGACUUAUUACUACUACAAGACGGUGACUUGUGACAAGGUUCUAGAAGUAGAGCAGGAACUGGAUAGGCUUCUUGGAGGAAAAGUACUUGGAGCGAGCGUUUAUCGCAAGGCCAAGAAAGAUUUCAAAGACAAGAACAUCGGCGACCCAAAGAAGAUGUGUAAAUCCGGAGUCGAGAUUCAUUUUAGAAACCAGCAGCACUGCGGGAAAGAGGCGGACGAAGGAGACCAGAACAAACGUUUUGCAAAGCGGGAUUGUAAUUGCAUGUGGUGCACUUGCAAUUUUUGUUGGAGAGCGGUUAAAUCAUACUAAUAAUUGUAAAACGAGUGCAAAAGGGAAGGAAAACUGAUAAGGAAAGUAUAAGAUAAAGUAGCGGCUUUGUUUGUAUGUAAGGCAAAAGGGAAGUAAUAAAAAUAUAAGAUAUUAAAGGAACUUAAUCUGG